CUGGUCGACCUCGAACACUGAAGAACCCUAAAUCUUGCAUAAGUUCCAGUACCGUCUCUAGCUUUUUCUUGCCGCCAUAAAACGCAUAAUAAACCCACAGGUUUUUUUCAGAGACAAAGAAACAAACAAACAAAGAGAAGAGAAGCGAAAAGCCAAAUCAGAAAGCCAUGAGACCGAUUCUGAUGAAAGGCCAUGAAAGGCCACUCACAUUCUUGAAAUACAACCGCGACGGCGACCUCUUGUUUUCCUGCGCCAAAGAUCACAACCCUACCGUCUGGUUCGCCGACAACGGCGAGCGUCUCGGCACCUACCGUGGCCACAACGGCGCCGUUUGGUGCUGCGAUGUCUCAAGGGAUUCGAUGAUGUUGAUUACUGGGAGUGCCGAUCAAACGGCCAAGAUAUGGAAUGUUCAGACCGGAGAGCAGUUGUUCUCGUUCAAUUUCGGGUCUCCGGCUAGGGCUGUAGACUUGUCAGUCGGCGAUAAGCUUGCCGUCAUCACGACCGAUCCGUUUAUGGAUUUGCCUUCGGCUAUUCACGUCAAAAGCAUCGCCACUGACCCCGAAGACCAGACUGGUGACUCUGUUCUUGUCCUGAAGGGCCCUCAAGGAAGAAUUAAUAGAGCUGUUUGGGGGCCCCUAAACAAAACCAUCAUAAGUGCUGGAGAAGAUGCUGUGGUUCGUAUAUGGGAUUCUGAGACUGGAAAAAUGCUUAAAGAGUCUGAGAAGGAAACUGGCCACAAAAAAACGAUAACAUCACUUUCGAAAUCUGCCGAUGGUUCACACUUCCUCACCGGUUCACUUGAUAAAUCAGCUAAGCUGUGGGACAUCAGAACUUUGACUCUUAUCAAGACUUACGUGACUGAACGUCCAGUCAAUGCCGUGACAAUGUCUCCACUUCUUGAUCAUGUGGUGCUUGGAGGUGGUCAAGAUGCAUCAGCUGUUACAACAACUGAUCAUCGUGCUGGUAAAUUUGAGGCAAAAUUCUAUGACAAGAUUCUUCAAGAAGAAAUUGGAGGUGUGAAAGGGCAUUUUGGACCGAUAAAUGCUUUGGCUUUCAACCCAGAUGGGAAAAGUUUCUCAAGCGGAGGUGAAGAUGGUUAUGUACGGUUACAUCACUUUGAUCCGGAUUACUUCAACAUCAAGAUUUAGAUUUUCAGCAUAUUGAUACUUUAGCCUUGAGCUUCAGAGAUUUCUUGAAAUUAACUUGUAUUUUCUUUUUUCAGUAGUUAGUUUUCUAGUUGUGAUGAAACAACGUUUUGUAUUUGCUUGCUGGGACACAGUUUUGUAUAAGAUACUAGAAUUUUGUUUACGAAGAUUAUGAUUACUUUCAAA